GAUUGAAGAGGAGGGGUGUUUUGUAUUAUUUUAACAGUAGCAGUGGCGGUGGUUAAUGAUCAAAGAGCUCUCUUUUUGAUGCAAGCGUGGGUAUAAAUGUAGCACAUUUGCCAUUACUCUCCUCUUUCAUUCUGUACUCUACAAAAUAGACAAAUACCCAUUGAUUUUCCCUCACUCUAAAGUAAUAGAACUUUCUCCUUUAUUAAUUUGCUUCUCUAGUUUUAUUGGACUGUUUUGUAGCAGAGUUGCUCUGUUGCUCAAGAAUUGAGCUGAAAUUCUAUAAAAGCUUUAACUUUGGUGUGUCUGUGAGUGUUGAAAAAAAGAAUGCUAUGAAUGAGAAUACAGAAAAAAAGUAAGCAGAGAAUCUGAAAAUGGGUAUGCAAACAUAAUUGUAGAGGCCUAGAUUGAAAUCUGCAAGAUGGAUGCCGGCGAAAAGGAUAAAUGCAAGCUAGAAAAGAGAAGUGACAAUGGUAUAAACUACCAAGGAUCUGGUAUGUCAUUGGCUUGGCAGUUUGGUGGUGGCAAUGUCACCAGUACUCCUAUGAGUUCAGUUCCUAGUGAUAAUCCAUUGAUUAUCGGCUCUUCAUCUUGUUCGGCUUCGAUGGUAGAUUCGUUUUGUUCUAACCUUUGGGAGCACCCUGCUAGUUUGCAAAACUUGAGUUUUUGUGAUAUUAAUGUGCAAAACGGUGCGACCUCUUCAAAUGCAAUGGGAAUUGCAAAAGGCGGUCCUGCCACUAUGAGAAGUAGCAUUGAUAGACCAUUUGAUAUGGGAUGGAAUGCAACAAGUUCAAUGUUGAAAGGGGGUAUGUUUUUACCGAAUGCGACUGGGAUUCUACCUCAGACCCCAUCUCAGUUGCCUGCUGACUCGGCUUUCAUCGAGCGUGCUGCCAAGUUCUCGAGCUUUAGUUGGGGAAAUUUUAGUGAUAUAGUCAACCCUUUUGGUAUUCCCGAAUCUAUGGUUGUGUAUAAUAGGGGUGUGGGCCUGAUGCAAGGACCACUGGGUGUUUCUGCAAUCGGUGGGAUGAAAUCAGUAUCCGGUGUGGAAACUCAGAAAACUAAGUUGAUUGCCACUGAAACUUCCAGUGAUGCUUGUUUCCCAGCUGAGAAUAGGGCUACUCGAGAAAGUCUGCUCAAGAACGAUAGAGGAAGUGAAAGUCUCAUGCGGUCUAAUGAAGAAACAAAACUAGUAAAUGGUGGCUCAGGGAACGAGUCUAAUGAGGCCGAGUCUAGUGGCGGUAUUGGUGGUCAAGAUGAACCAUCUGCAUUGGAUGGUACAGGCGGUGAACUGUCAGCUAAAGGUGUUAGUUCUAAGAAAAGAAAAAGGAGCAUGCAGGAUGCUGAGAUUGAUCAUGCUAACAGGAGUCGAUCACCUGUUGCUGCUGCUAAGGAUGGUUCUGAAAACCAACAGAAAGGAGAUCAGAACCAAUGUACAGUGAUGAACAAGCCUAUGACAAAACAUGGCAAACAAGGGACUCAAGCUUCUGAUCCACCAAAAGAAGAGUACAUCCAUGUCAGAGCUCAAAGAGGCCAGGCGACAAACAGCCAUAGUCUUGCAGAAAGGGUAAGAAGAGAAAAGAUCAGUGAAAGGUUGAAAUUUCUGCAGGACCUUGUUCCUGGUUGCAGUAAGGUUACAGGCAAGGCAGUGAUGCUAGAUGAAAUCAUUAACUAUGUGCAGUCACUUCAGCGGCAAGUUAAGUUUCUAUCGAUGAAACUUGCAACGGUGAACCCACGGCUUGAUUGUGAUAUAGAAGGGCUUCUUGCAAAAGAUAUUAUUCAAUCACGAGCUGGUCCAUCAUCGCUGGGGUUCCCUCUGGACUUGUGUGUGGGUUAUACUCCGUUACAUCCAUCUCAACCUGGACUUGUUCCGGGUGGUAAUCCUGUCAUGGGGAAUGCUGAUUUUAUGUGUAGAACUCUCGGUUCCCACUUCAUGCCAAUGACAGGAUUCAAGGAGCCUAAUCAGCUAUCAAAUGCAUGGGAGGAUGAUCUCCACAAUGUUGUCCAAAUGAACUACGUAACCAGUGCUCCUUCCGACACCCAAGAAGGUGUCAACCAUCAGGCCAUACGAAAGUAUAACUUCGAUCCUAAAGGGUUUAUAUAGCUCUAUUCCGGGCAGCUUGGAUUUAUAACACAUUCUUGAAGAUAGCCAAAGACAAAUUUGAAUAUGAUAUCACUAUUUUCCUACCCUGUACUCAUUGAAUAACUGAAGACGUUAUCGGCCUGGUUUUAUAGCCGCGAAUAGCAGUCUAGUUCACCCGAACCAGAUGCAUGUUUGACGGCGCGUGCUUCAUUAACUGUUUGUUGGGGGUAAUUGUAUAAUUUGUAUGAUUUUAUAGAUUGAUGGUAUGGAAAUUUUUGUGAUGUAGGAGUUAUGUUUUCAUCUUGUAAUCUUAGAUGAUGUCUUACUGUAAUUUACAGAUAACAGAGA